AUGUCCUCGACGGCUGAAAACCGUGAAAGGCUCAAGGGCCACAUGGCUCAGUACCAAGGAGGCGCCUACACUCAAGGCUGGAACGAGCUGUGGAACAAGGGAGACUUCUUACCUUGGGACCGUGGGUCUCCAUCCCCAGCCCUCGCCGACACCCUGAUCAACCACGCCGAUGUCAUUGGCAAUGCCCUUCUGGCCCCGUCUGCAGAUGGCCAGAAGCAACGGAAACGCGCGUUAGUCCCCGGCUGUGGCCGUGGUGUGGAUGUUCUAUUACUCGCAAGUUUUGGAUAUGAUGUGGUCGGAUUGGAGUAUGCUGAAAAGGCACUGGAAGCCUGUGAGAAGUAUGUGGCCGAGAAUGCCGAUAAAUAUCCCGUGUACGAUCAGAGCAUUGGCAAGGGGAAAAUGGUGUUUCUUCAAGGAGACUUCUACAAGGAUGAGUGGUUGGAAAAGGUGAGGACGGAGCUGGCUGCCGGUAGUGAGUGGGACGGCAAGUUCGAUUUGAUUUAUGACUAUACUUUCUUCUGCGCAAUGCACCCAGGCAUGCGUCCUGCCUGGGCCAAACGCAUGACCGAGCUCCUCCGCCAUUCCCCUCAAGCAAAUCUUGUCUGUCUUGAAUUCCCAGUUACCAAGCCUGUCAAAUCCGGUGGUCCCCCUUACGGUGUUGCUCCGAAGACAUACCUCGAACAUCUGAGCCACCCAGGAGAAGAAGUUCCCUACGAUGACGAAGGGAAUGUCAAAAUGAACCCGCUUGCUCCGUCCAGCCCAGGUGCAUUGGAGAGAGUGGGGCAUUGGCAUCCUGCCGACACGCACAAUGUGGGCAAGAAGGACGGUAACGUCGAGGACUAUAUCUCGGUUUGGCGUCAUCGUUGA